GGGAAAAAUUCGAAAAUCAAGACUCGCGGCCGGGACAGUGAUGAACUCCAUGAAUUCUAUAUAUGCCUAGGAUAAAAUGAGCAAGUGCUUUAGCAGUCAUUGAAGAUUUACUGGUCUCAGAUGAAUUUUAUCUUCAGCAUAAACAAUGGCAAGUCAAGAAUUUAUUGUACUAUAUACUCAUCAGAAGAUGAAGAAAUCAAAAAUAUGGCAAGAUGGAAUACUGAAGGUCAGUUUCUCAGGAAAUAAGGCAACUUUGUAUGAUGACAAAGGACAGUGCUUGGAGAGUUUAUUUCUUAAACAGUGUGAGGUGAAACCUGGAGAUGACUUAGAGAGUGAUCGAUAUUUAAUCACGGUUGAAGAUGUAAAAAAUGCUGAAAAUAUCCCUAGCAAUUUACAAGUUACAAGGGAAGUACCCAAGUUAAAUGUACAAGGAUUGAAACCUUCUAACAAGCCAAAGCCAUGUCUACCCACUGGUUUAAAAAGAAAGUUUACUGGAUUCCAAGGACCACGUCAAGUGCCAAAGAAGAUGGCAACCAUAGAAAAUGAUGAAUCAGCUGCAUCACUUCUGUCUAAGGAGUCUUAUCCUACCUUUUCUUCUCUGUUCUCCUGCACACCUCCAUUGUUUUCUACUACUGGAAAGAAAAAUAGAGACACUGUUAUGCCAUCUGACUCUAGCAGUGUCAUUGAUUACGAGAAUAGCAACACCAAUGACAUGUCUAUCUCUUUACUUCUUUCAACCACACCCAUCCUUUCUAACCAGAAAAGAUUCUAUGAUGAAGAUGAUUGUUCUUUUCUCAAUUCUGUACCUAGGAAGUCAGACUCUUCAUUAGAAACUGAGUACAUGAAAGAAGAUUGUUUGACAACCAGAGGCUCAGCCACUUCACAAAACAUCAGGAGCAAAGAACAGAUUUUAGCACUUCUGAAGUCCAAAUCAGCUCCUUCUAUGGAAGUUAUUGAGAGUUUUCCUCUUGGACACUUAACAGAAGAAAUAAAAGGCUCCCUUAAACCACAGUGCAUAAUAGGAAGGGAAGAAGAGAUCACUGAAAUGAAUGGCUCAAAAAAUAUACCUCAUCAGUAUAAUUUAGAAAAUAACAUAAGAAAAAGAAGCCGAUGGGAUAUUUAUUUACCAAAGAGUUUAUCUGUAAGUUCUUCUGAUGUAAGUGAUACUGACAGGAAAUCUGAGGACCAGGGUGACAAUUUAGAUUUGGAUUUGAAAGGUCCUUUUGAACAAAAGGAGAUGCCUCUCUUUGCAACUAGUUCUGAAAAGAUUACGUAUAAGACAGACAGUCAAAUAAAUAAUGAUGACCCAACCACCUGUGAUCAGAAAAUAAAUUUUCAAGUAUCUUCAUGUUGUCAAAGUGAGUUAGGAGCAAACUUACCAGAUGUUGAUAGCAAAAAUGAACAUCAUUUCUUAUUAUCAGAACACAAGACUGAAAUGCUCUUCAACGAUGAUUAUCCAAAAUGCAUAAAAGGAUCUCUUUUCAUUAGAGAAAAUGUGCAGGAACUAAAUAAACCUGGAGUGCCAGAAAGGGAGAGCUCCCUAAAACUUUCUUCUCAGCCAGAGUGGGAACAUCCACAACUACAAAGAGAUUCUUCGUGCAUAAAUAAUAAUUUGGCUAUAUCUGAUAAUUUGGCCAUAUCGGUUUCUAAAAAUAGAGCAGAAAAUGAAAAUAUUAAUACCAAUACAGAUUUGAAUAGUAAAGCAGAACCAUUUUUGGAGGUAACUUUCAAUCUGGACAAUUUUGAUAUCAGUGACACUGAGGAAGAAUCAGAACACAGCAACAGCUUUCCCCUGUGUUCUAAGCAUUGGCUAAAGAAAAUUUCAUCUGAGGACAAAAUGUGUGCUGAAAGUAAAUUUGAGGAUAGGGUGAACAGUCAAGAAGAUAACCAUGACCAUCUGUCACAUUUGAUAACAAUUAAUUCUAGUCCUCCAGCAAAAUUUCCCAUUAAAAAAACUCUGUCUUCACAGAUUUGUACUGAAAUUUCAGUAGAUUUUGACAAAAUUGGAAAACGUAAUGAAGAAUCUUUCCUGUUUAACUCGAAUCUUCCCAAAGUUGAAAACAUUGAAGAGGAAAUGACAGUGGGUACGUCAAAUUUUGAAACAUUAAGCAGAGGAACCAAACGGGAUUCAUCCUCAAAGCAGACUGAUGAUAUAUUGAUAUAUGGUAAUAGUCACUGUAAUGGAUCUGUUCACUCACCCAUUACUGAUUACGAUCACGUAUCCCCUCAAACCAAGAAACAAUUUAUAGAAGCAUGCUAUUCAUCAGAUACACCAGAGCCCCUUAAUCCAUAUCAAGAUUCUACUCAACAGGCUUCUCCCUUGGAAGAUGAAGAAGAAAAUUCUUUCGUAGCUCUCAUACCUAAGGAAAAAGAGAGGAAGUCCUGUAAACCAAAGCCAGUUGAGUUUCAGGGGCACCGAGUAGAAGGAUCAGCUUCUAGUGAGGUAAUGGUUAGAGGACCCUGCUAUCAGCUGGAUUGGAAUCAAUAUCCAGAUAGUGUGGAGUGUGAGAGCUUAACAGAAGGGACUUGCUUUUUGACACCAAAGUUACCUGGUAGUUAUAUGAUGAUUGACUUCUUACAGCCCUCAGAUGGGGAAAACUUUUUGGAAGAAAGUCUAAGCUUCAGGGGAGAGGAUGAUUUUCAGAUGACAACUGAUUUUAUUAAGGACCCAAAGGAAAAUAAUAGUUCAGUUUUGGAUUUCCCUUUUACAGAUUCGGGCAAUACUGUGCCAUCUUAUUCUUUGGAUCAUAAUUUUAAGUUAUCCGAUUCGCCCUCAUGGGAAACAAACAAGAUGAUAUCACCAGUGCCAAAGAUCUCAACACUGAGCCCAGAUUCUGCCUUUCCUUUGAGCCCAAGAAAUGAAGACAUUAUGAUAAACUUACCUGAGGAGUCUCUGAAAGCAAGAACCUCAUCUGGAGUGGAAAAGUUCAACUCUUCAGAAAAAGUCACCGUGCAAAGACAUCACAGAACUCGGACACCGCUUAUUACACUGCCCCCUGUUGAAGUGCGUUCUCUCUCAGAAAGUUGCUCACAAAGGAUGGACUCUGCAGUUCGGAAGUCCUUUGGCAGUCCCAUCCUUCACUCAUGUGAGGAGUCAGCAGACUCUCCUGUCAGCUGCUUUGGCCCUGAGGAUAGGAAUAGGGAAACCUCUGCCCCUUAUAGGUCUGGGGAAGUGACACCUAUAAGGCUUUCAGUCUCCUCUCUGGUGUCUACAGAAAGCAAACAAAGCAAGUGGCUGAAAUAUCAAAACACAUCCCAAGGGGACUCGAUUACUCCACAUGGAAGUGAUGUGAAAGUGCAGGAAAAUAUCUUUGCUGCCUCUCCUUCUGGAAUGCUACUUGAAGAUCCAGAGGAUUAUCAGAGUGGGGCUGCCAAGAAAAGUCCUGAAGACUCUGUGCAUUUGGAGAUGAUAAAAGGCAUGCUUCUUCAAGAGCAACCGCAUUUAUACCGCCAGGAAUCUGUUUUCAGAAAGAAAACACUAUUUAGGAAUUUAGAGCAAACCUCCCAAACUGAGGGAAUACAAAAGAUGUUAAGUCACACAGCCUAUAAUGGCUUCAGUGUAACAGGAAAUACCCAGGAGAUAAAUGCCAGUCCGUUGUCAUUUCCCAGUGGGAAAAUAACAAAAUGUGCCUGUGUUCCCAAAAGACAGAUUCACAUACCUGCUCUUUUUCAGUCACCCGCUCAGUAUAAACAGGUCUUUACAACCUCUUUGAUAGAACAUCUGAACAUACUGCUGUUUGAAGUGUCCAGAAGGUUGCACCAAGCUCUUUCAAAAGUCGACAUAUCUUUUUAUACCUCAAUGAAAGCAGAGAAAAAAACCAUAGGAAACAGCGUCCCAAACUGUCAUCAUCAACAGCCUGCAAAGUUGGUCAUGGUAAAAAAGGAAGGCCCAAAUAAGGGUCGACUCUUUUAUACUUGUGAUGCACCAAAAGCCAACCAAUGUAAAUUUUUUAAGUGGCUUGAAGAAGUAACCCCAGCUAACUUGACGCAGGCAGAAUCUGUGCCCUGCACCGUAUUACAUGACAUAAAGAGUAUUGGAAUAUACCUAAGAUGCCAAAAUGUCCCCCUCUACGAGGAGUGUCAGCUUUUGGUGAGGAAAGGAUUUGAUUUUCCGAAUAAACAGUAUGGCAAAUCAAAGAGCUAUGCUCAUGCAAAUCCUGAAUUUCAUAAUGAAUCGAAAAGCAAACUUUAUCUUAAAUUGAGUAGGAGAGAAAAUUCUUCUUCCUAUGGUAAAGAUGACCUUUGGGUAAUUUCCAAAACCCUAGACUUUGAGCUGGAUACUUUCAUUGCUUGUAGUGUUUUUUUUGGACCAUCAUCAUACAAUGAGGUGGAACUAUUGCCUCUGAAAGGCUACUUCCCUUCAAACUGGCCAUCUGACAUGAUGGUUCAUGCUUUACUGGUUUGUAAUGCCAGCACAGAGCUGACAACUUUGAGAAACUUGCAAGAAUACUUCAAUCCAGCCACUCUACCUAUAAUACAACACCUGUUAACAACGUCUUCUCAAACUGAACACAGCAGUAACAGAAUCAGCAAAAGAAAGUUUAUUCCACCAGCCCUCAGUAGAAAUACUAACAAGAACUGUGAACCACUCAGCCCAGAAGCAGCAUUGCAUCUAGCUAAUGAGAUGAUUCAAUUAUAUAAAUUAAACAUGGAUCAGGCCACAGCUCUUCUUCAAAUAGCACAGAUGAUGGCAUCACAUGACAAUGUCAGUGACCCACAAGAGCAGCAUACCCUUCCUAUUACCAUCAUACAUGGUGUUUUUGGAGCAGGGAAGAGUUACUUACUGGCAGUAGUGAUCUUGUUCCUUGUGGAGCUCUUUGAAAAGAAUCCAGCUCCCACAGGUGUAGAUGCAAGGCCAUGGAAGAUUCUGAUUUCUUCUUCUACCAAUGUUGCUGUGGACAGAGUACUUCUUGGGCUACUCAGUCUUGGAUUUGAAAAAUUUAUCAGAGUUGGGAGCAUUAGAAAGAUUUCCAAGCCAAUUCUACCUUACAGUUUGCAUGCCGGUUUAGGAAAUGAAAAUGAACAAUUGAAAGAGCUACAUGCGUUAUUGAAAGAAGACCUGACACCUGUAGAAAAAAUAUAUGUGAGAAAAAGUAUCGAACAACAUAAAUUGGGCACCAAUAGAGCUUUGCUGAAACAGGUGCAAGUGGUUGGAGUGACCUGUGCAGCCUGCCCAUUCCCAUGCAUGAAUAAUCUUCAAUUUCCUGUCGUCGUAUUGGAUGAGUGCAGUCAGAUGACAGAACCAGCUUCACUCUUGCCCAUUGCAAGGUUUAAUUGUGAAAAGCUAGUUCUUGUUGGAGACCCCAAGCAGCUACCUCCUACCAUUCAGGGUUCUGAAAGUGCUCAUGAUAGUGGGUUGGAACAGACUCUCUUUGACCGGCUUUGCUUAAUGGGUCACAAAGCAAUUCUACUGAGAACUCAGUACCGUUGUCACCCUGCUAUUAGUGCUAUAGCAAAUGACCUCUUCUAUGAAGGAAAUUUAAUAAAUGGCAUUUCGGAAAAAGAGAGGAGCCCUUUACUGGAAUGGUUACCAACUCUAUGUUUCUAUAAUGUCAAAGGAAUUGAACAGAUUGAAAGAGAUAAUAGCUUCCAUAACGUGGCAGAAGCUGCUUUUACACUCAAGCUUAUUCAAUCACUGAUUGCAAGCGGAAUAGAAGGAUCCAUGAUUGGGGUGAUAACAUUAUAUAGAUCACAGAUGUACAAGCUUUGCACCCUGUUUACCUCCGUGCAUUGUGACUACCCUAACCUCAAAACUGUCCAGGUGUCCACCGUCGAUGCCUUUCAGGGUGCGGAGAAAGAGAUCAUCGUACUCUCCUGUGUGAGGACAAAACAAGUUGGAUUCAUUGACUCAGAAAAGAGAAUGAAUGUUGCCCUGACCAGAGGGAAAAGGCACUUGUUGAUUGUGGGGAAUUUGGACUGUUUGAAGAAGAACAGACUGUGGGGACGGGUGAUCCAACACUGUGAAGGAAGAGAGAAUGGAUUACAGCAUUCAAGUCAGUGUGAGUCAGACCUGAACCUCCUUCUUAAAAGUUAUUUGGAGAAAAAAGCAGAAGAAAAAGAAAAAAGUCAAAAAGGGAACUCUAAAAACAAAUCUCUUUCACAAAAAGACAUGAUGUAGUCUGCUACUUAUGUAAAUUAAAAGGUAUUUGAUAACAGUUUUUUCAUUAUUUGAAAAUUUUGGAUAUAGGAAAUAUUACUCUGCUGUCUUUAUGUUUCCCAUACUGCUUAUAACGGUACCUUUAGAUGAGAGGCAAAUGUAAAUAAAUACGUGUUGUAAAUAAACACAUG